AUGGGUGUUCUACUUCGACGACCAGUGGUAGCAUCUGCUACGGCAGUGAAUAGAAUCGUUUCGUCUCCCAGGUUUUCCCUGGCGCUACGUAACCAAUUUCAAUUCAGAAAUUCAUCUUCCACCCCAACCAAAGUAGUCGCGUCUCCUGAAGAAGCCCUCGAAGAUGUAAAAUCUAAUAUUACUCUUCUUUGCGGAGGAUUUGGCCUUUCGGGAGUGCCUGAUACACUGAUCAAUGCCCUUGAACAGAAGUCGGAAGUGCAAAAUAUCACAGCUGUUUCUAACAAUGCUGGUGUGGAUGGAUCGGGUCUUAGUAAACUUCUAGUAAGCGGACAAAUCACAAAAAUGAUCGCAUCUUAUAUUGGUGGAAAUAAAACCUUUGAGUCGUUAUAUCUCAGUGGUAAGAUCUCUCUUGAACUCACUCCUCAAGGAACUAUCGCCGAAAGGUGUCGUGCUGGAGGUGCUGGUGUACCUGCAUUUUAUACUGCUACUGGUGUGGGAACCUGGGUUGAACAGGGCAAACUGCCUGUUAGAUACGGGUCUGAUGGAUCUGUUAUUGAAACCAGUGAACCUCGUGAGACGAGAGUUUUUGAAGACGGUCGUAAAUAUUUACUUGAGAGAGCCAUUGUUGGUGAUGUCGCUUUUGUCAAGGCUUACAAGGCUGAUACAUUCGGUAACUGUUAUUUCCGUGGUUCAGCUCGUAACUUUAAUUCCGUCAUGGGCCGUGCUGGUAAGGUAACUAUUGUAGAAGCUGAACACAUUGUCCAACCAGGUGAAAUCGCCGCUGAAGACGUCCACCUUCCUGCUAUCUAUGUUUCCAAGGUCAUUCAAUCCACAACUCCCAAGAUGAUCGAAAUUUACAAGAACAGUGUUCCUGCCGAUCAAGUCAAGGAAUCGACUCCUUCAGACCUUCCUCCUGGGAAGGCUGAGGCUGCUGCCAAAAGAGAGAAGAUUGUUCGUAGAGCUGCUCAAGAGUUCAAGAGUAACGGUUAUGCCAAUUUGGGAAUUGGAAUGCCUACUCUAGCUCCUGGUUACUUGCCUGAAGGCUUCCAUGUUACUUUGCAAUCUGAAAACGGUAUUCUUGGUCUCGGUCCCUAUCCAUUGAAGGGCGAAGAAGAUCCUGAUUUGAUUAACGCUGGUAAAGAAACUGUUACUCUAAUUGAUGGUGCUUCAUUGUUCGGUUCAGAAGAGUCGUUUGCAAUGAUCAGAUCUGGCCGUGUCGACCUUACCAUCCUUGGAGCUAUGCAAGUGUCAGAAUUUGGUGACCUUGCUAACUGGGCUCUUCCAGGUAUGGUUAAAGGAAUGGGUGGUGCCAUGGAUUUGGUUGCUAACCCUGCCAAGACCAGGGUCGUUGUCGUCACCGAGCAUGUUGAUAAGAAGGGUCGCUCGAAGAUUGUCAAGGAAUGCAGUUUCCCACUUACUGGUAAGGGCUGUGUUUCACGUAUCAUUACCGACUUGGCUGUUUUCGAUGCUCAUCCCACUGAGGGUCUUACUCUUAUCGAAGUCUUCCCCGGUAUCACUGUAGAAGAAGUGACACAAAAGACCGAGGCUCCAUUCAAGGUCAGUGACAAUUUGAAGACCGUUCAAACCUAA